AAACCCAUUACCAUUCUCUCUAUGAAUAUGAGCAUCAUACAAUCACAUUUCAGUUAGGUUUCACUCUCUCUUCUCUUUUGCGGCUAGGGUUUUUCUAUCUCUUUCAACUUUCCUUCGUUUUCUUUCUUACUUCACUUUUUCUCAGAUCUAUUUGUUUGAAGAUUCUUUUGAUUGCAUAACAAAAGAAAAUCUCAGAUGGAGGUUUCAUUAGAGUAAGGUUUAGGGGUCGAAAGAUCGAAUCUUUAAGGGGCUUGGAGGGGUAAUUUGGGUAUUUUUGAUUGAACAAAUGGCGAGCUUGAACCCUUUUGAUUUGUUGGGAGAUGAUGAUACUGGGGAAAUAUCAUUGCUGAUCGCUGCUCAGCAAAAGGCUGUUGCGGCUACCGCGGCCGCCGCUCCUCAGAAGGGACCUGCUCAAUCUCAGGCUAAGCCGCAGCUUGCUACUCAGGCUAAACAGGCUAAGCUGCCCUCCAAGCCUCUGCCUCCUGCUCAGGCUGUGAGGGAGGCAAAGAAUGAAGGUUCUCGUGGCGGAGGCCGUGGUGGGCGUGGAUAUGGACGUGGGCGCGGUGGUACUGGUGGAUACAGACGUGAUUCUGCCAAUGAUGAGAACUCAUUCAGCAACAGUGCUGUACCUGCUGGUAAAGGUGCACCUGAAGAUGGAGAGAGUGGAAAGCCCUCUGAAAGGCGUGGCUAUGGUGGUCCUCGACCUCACCGUGGUGGUCGCCGUGGUGGUUUCGGUAAUGAGGAGGCUGGAGAUGGUGAACGACCUCGCAGGUUAUAUGAACGGCAUAGUGGGACCGGACGCGGAAAUGAGCUCAAACGUGAAGGCUCUGGUCGUGGGAAUUGGGGAACUCAGACUGAUGAACUUGCUCAGGUGACUGAAGAAGUUGUCGAUGAAGGUGAGAAGAACUUAGGUGAUGAGAAGCCAGCUGGAGAAGAAGAUGCAGGAGAUGCAAACAAGGAGAGGCCUACAAAUGAACCUGAAGAAAAAGAACCUGAGGAUAAGGAGAUGACUCUUGGGGAGUAUGAGAAGGUGCUGGAAGAGAAGAGGAAGGCUCUGCAGGCACUGAAGACUGAGGAAAGAAAAGUAGAUGCCAAGGAGUUUGAGUCCAUGCAGCAGCUCUCAAACAAGAAGAGUAAUGAUGAGAUCUUCAUCAAAUUGGGCUCUGAUAAGGAUAAGAGAAAAGAGGCUUAUGAGAAGGAAGAGAGAGCUAAAAAGUCUGUGAACAUUAAUGAAUUUCUGAAGCCUGCUGAAGGGGAGAGGUACUACAACCCAAGUGGACGUGGGCGCGGUCGUGGGCGUGGCUCAAGAGGGUUUGGUGGAGGCAAUGCAGCAAGUAAUGUGGCAGCACCCUCCAUUGAAGACCCUGGCCAGUUCCCAACUUUGGGGGGCAAGUGAGAUUUCUCUAGAACCCCCAGUUACAAUCUCCAUGUUUUUUUGGAUUUUUGGGUUAUUUAAAUUUUGGUCAGGAAAUGAACUCAAAUAAUCUGGUUUCCUGUUUUCAAAGGAUCUCUGAAUUUUAUGUUUUAAAUUGUAUAUUUCAGUUUCCUGUAGUGCCCCCUCUUGUCAUGCUGUGAUCUUACUGUCCCCAAAAAAAUUGGAGCCACGUGAAACAAUUUUAUUUAUGACUAAAACUAUUGUUGCUCA